CGCCCGUCGACCAUUUUUACCGGUUGGCUGCAGUGACAGUUCCAUUCGCUGUUUGACUUUGUGUGUAUAUUUUCUUCGUUGUGCCCUCUUUUUUAAGCACGGUCUAUGCAUUUGACAGUUUCGUUAAGUGUAAUAAACGAUGAUGUGUAAUGGCAAACCGAUUCCACCAAUUUGAUAAUAUUUUACAUUAUUGUUACUUACUUUCGAAUCAUAUCAAUUAAAUUUUUUAUACGCGAAAUUGGUUGUGUGUUAGCGUGGCUAGGGCCAAAUUUUACACAAAACCAUGAAUUACAAUGCAAAACACGGUGAUGGAGCACCUGGUGUUCGGCGGAUUCAACGAGUCAGCGAUGUGAAUGCCAUGGGCUAUUCGGCGCCACUUCCAUCGCAACAACAGAAUCAAUUUGCACCGAAUGCGUUCGGUGCGGAAAGUAGCAAUGCCGCUCCAUACAAUUACAAUGAUCAAAUAAACAUGGAUCAAAAUAGUUCGUUUGCGCCAAAUUAUUCGAAUCAACCACAACCCAACCAAUACUAUGAUCCAUAUAGUAAUGCGGCACCACAGUAUGGGCAAACUGCACCGGUACCAACAUCAUCACUACAGCAGCCAAUUUCUGCAUCGGGUCCAACCAUUUUCAAUCCGAACGCACCGAAUCCGGCGAACAAUUUUCCCAGUCAGUUUUCCAUGUUGCAACAACCGAUGGUACAAGACAUGGCGUUGCAGUAUGGUCAACGAUUGGCCGAUCAGGGUAAACAGUUGGUCGAAACGCAAAUCGAAAAAUAUGUACCAGUGACACGAUUGAAAUACUACUUUGCUGUCGACAACAAUUAUGUCGUUCGGAAACUGAUUUUGCUUCUGUUUCCAUUUCAUCAUCGGGAUUGGUCAUUGAAGUAUGAUCAAGAUAAUCCGGUUCAGCCACGUUAUGAUUUAAACGCUCCCGAUUUGUAUAUUCCAACCAUGGCAUAUAUUACAUUCAUCGUUUUGGCUGGUCUUGUUAUGGGUAUGCAAAACAAAUUUACACCAUCAGAGUUGGGUGUAAUUUCGUCGAGUGCAUUUGCAUACACCUUGGUUGAACUAAUUGCUUAUUGGCUCACACUAUACAUAUUUAAUUUGUCGGCCACAAUGAAAUUACUUGACCUCUUGGCAUUUUCGGGCUACAAAUUCGUAGCGAUCAAUUUGUGCAUUUUAGUUAGCAUCGUAUUUAAGAGUUUUGGAUAUUAUUUGGCAUUGCUUUACACCGGAUUCUCGCUUUGCUUCUUUUUGUUGCGUACGUUAAAGGCGAAAAUGAUGCGAGAAUCAACGGGCGCCGCUUCCUAUGAUGCAUACGGAAACGUUCAACAAGCUGAUGUACAUACCGAUUAUUCUAUUGGACGAAAGCGUAAACUGUAUUUUCUGCUCUUUAUUUCAUUUGCCCAACCACUGUUAUCGUUUUGGUUGUCAUGGCAUUUGAUUCCCAGCAAAACUGUUGAAGCAGCGGUGACGGUCCAAUAAAAAAGCAAAAAAAUCUCUACCCGAAACAGGAAACGAUUUUUUUUUCUCCAAAAUUACUCAUUAGAAAAUCACAUCGUUGCAAUUAAAAACAAAACAAAGCGUUGAUGGGCCAUUUCGAAAAUGCAUUUUCUUUUUCUUUUUGUUCGCUAUUGGUUGUUUCUUUUUUUCAUUCUUUAGCGAUUAAUUUGUUCCACUCCUUCCACAUAAAUCGCUAAAUGAUUUCUAUUAAUAUAUACCUAAUAAAAAACAUAUUUUUAAUACAUAGA